AUGGCAACACUGGCUUUCUGUCAAUUAAUAAUUGUCUCUCUUCCAAUAACAUAAAAUUCGCAAGAUUUUCAGUUUCUCUAGUCAAAAAAGAAUGGAUUAAAUUAAUUUCGAUUUAAGAAUUAAAUGAUUGUUUACUCGAUUGUUAUAAGGAUAAGUGCGUAAUAAUAUUCGAAAACGUGAAUAAUCAAAAUCAAAUACGGCAACGCAAUGGAUUCCAGUAAUAAAAGUAAAAAUUCGGUGAAAAACGAAUGUGUACAAGUUGUUGUACGAUGCCGUCCAAUGAGCAAACGAGAAUUAGAAAACAAUUCAUCAAAAAAUGAAUGCAAGCAAGUUGUUGAUGUCUACCCGAACCGAGGGGUUAUCGAAAUUCAAAAUCCAGGCGAUAUUAAUCGAGAAAAUCCUAAAAUGUUCACCUACGAUGCCGUUUACGAUCAUAGAUCAACACAGCAAGAUAUUUACGACGAAGUUGUUCGACCUCUUGUCUCUAGUGUAAUGGAGGGAUUCAACUGUUGUGUAUUUGCGUAUGGUCAAACUGGCACUGGCAAAACAUUUACGAUGGAGGGUGUUCGUGCUAACGAAAAUUUGAAAGGGAUAAUUCCUCGAGCAUUUGAACAGAUUUGGUUUCACAUCAAUCGAGCCGAAAAUACAAAUUUCUUAGUGACUGCGUCAUAUAUGGAGAUCUAUAUGGAGGAACUGAGGGAUUUACUGAAACCGAACAGUAAAUCGUUGGAGCUACGCGAACGCGAACAUGUUGGCGUUUUUGUGCCAAAUUUACAUUCGGUUCUAUGUAAAAAUGUGGACGAAAUGCAAAACGUGAUGAAUCAGGGCAACAAGAAUCGAACCGUUGGCAAAACAAACAUGAACGAGCACAGUUCACGUUCGCACGCAAUAUUUAUGAUCAAAAUUGAGAUGUGCGAUGUGGAAACGAAUAAGGUGAAAGUCGGUAAACUGAAUUUGAUCGAUUUGGCAGGCAGUGAACGACAGUCAAAAACCGGAGCGACGGCAGAACGACUAAAAGAAGCCAGUAAAAUCAAUCGGGCUUUAUCGUCACUGGGCAAUGUGAUCUCGGCUUUGGCUGAAAAUUCCCCACACAUUCCAUACAGAGACUCGAAACUCACGAGAUUGUUACAGGACUCGUUGGGUGGUAAUUCAAAGACUAUAAUGAUUGCAAAUAUUGGCCCGUCCGAGUAUAACUACAAUGAAACAUUAACCACACUGCGUUAUGCUCAUCGCGCCAAGACAAUACAGAACAAACCGGUGAAGAACGAAGACUCUCAGGAUGCUAAACUUAAGGAAUAUCAGGACGAAAUUGCGCGGCUAAGGAUGAUGAUAACAGAACGGCAGACGAGAGAAAAGACCCUACCUCGACGGAAGCGAACUAAAAAAGCGAAAAUUUUGGAGAACAGUUACGAUGUUGCCAAAUCGGAUGAAUCGGAUGGGCUUGAAGAAUGCGACGACAGUGGUGACGAGAAGGAAUGUGAUAACAAUUUGUUGCUGUUGGCUGAUGCUGAAACAAGAGAGGCUGUGCAAAGGGAAAAGGAAAUCACGCAACAAUUGGCACAUAAACUAAAGGAAUUAGAAGGUCAAUUUGUACGUGGUGGACGGAAUAUUUUGGAUACGUACAGCGAACGACAAAUGGAACUUGAGAAAAGGCUGGAAGAAAUUGCCGAACGGAAGAAACGAGAGGUGGAAAUGCAGCAACAACUGGAAUUGCAGGAAGAGACUACAAUUGAAAUUCGAGAAACAUUGACUUCAGUGCAACAGGAGGUCGACGUGAAGACAAGGAAAUUGAAAAAGUGCUACACAAAGUACAUGGCUUUGAAACAGGAACUAGUCGACACACGUGAUGAACAUAAUCGCGAUCGCCGUGAACUGGAAAUGACUCAAAAUGAACUGAUCAAGGAAUUGAAACGUUUACUGCUGAUCAUCGACAAUUUCGUUCCUGUCCAAGUAAAGGCUCGCCUCUACACUCAAUCACGUUACGACGACGAACAGGAAGAAUGGACUUUAACGAAUGUAUUUUCUGAAGAUGCACCCGUUCGACGACCGGUCUCUGUGCCAUCACGACGACGACCCGUAUCCGAAUAUGCAUUGCAGAAAAUCAAACACAAUGAGACUGAUGCGAUGCGGUACAAGGGUGAGAACAUUGUCAGUUACGAGUUGGACAUGCCAUUACGAACGACGUACGAUUACAAAAAUCCGAAAGUUUCGGCGAAGUUGCAAGAUGUGUUGCAAGAAGCAAUGCGCACGGAAGAUGUUAUUGAUAUAACGGAUCAGACUACCUCAAACGCUGAAAUGAUGCGAUCAAGACUAGAUAAAAUUAUCAAGCGCAAUAUGGUUCAGGAAACCGAAUCGCACGACAAAGGCAACUUAACGAACGGAAUCGCUCGAACGAAAUCAUCAAAACCGGAAGCUAGUAAACGAAUGGUUCCAGUGAAGAAACCAUCUUCGGCAUACCCGAAGGCCAGAGGACUAAUUACAAAAUAGUAUUAUUAACCAACGUACUACAUACCUAGUCUUUAUAUAAAUAUAACACUCCUCGUCCCCCCAGAAACCCAAAGAUGAUCUAUUUAGAAACUAUACUAAAGCAUUUACAAUUAAGAAUUUUAAGAUUUAUCAAAAGAAAGGCUGCUUCAAUUAUACUCAUCACAAAUUGACGCACUUACAAGCAGUACGCUGCCAUUAUGUAUAGCUUCAAUCCAUGUGCUGUGCUUUCAUUCCAUUGAUGCAAUUUAAUGAAAACCCCCGUCAAUUGAAAUUUGUUUGCUAUUGAGAGGCACGAAAAGUAUUUUUUAUUGGACAGAAAAGAAGGGAAUGAGCCAUUGACGAAUUGACAUGAAACUGACACAAUGUAUUCUGUUUUACGAUUUCAUCUAAUUUAGUGCGUGCGAAUGGUUCGCUGAGUUAAAAUUUAAAAUAUUAAUUCCGUUGUGCUGUACGCUUAACUGUACGCCUUGAACUUUACAUUCGUCAAAAUAAAGACGUCUGAACAAGGGGAUCACAGGAAGUAACAGACAUCAUCAUUACACUGGUAACGCUUGUCGUCGUUUAAAAAUAAUCUUUACAUGCUACAACCUUUCAUGUUUCAAGCACUUCUUUCGACUCGCUCAGCAUGUAAAAUCCAUUACAUAACUCGGGCUAAAAAUGAAAGGUUUCGUUUUCGCGUAAAAGUUUAUUGACCCCGGCUACGCCUCGGAUCAACAAAAUUCGCACAAAACUCUACUUUUCAUUUUUUUUAUCCCUAGUCAUGUAAAAUACUAUAUUGAAACAGAUGUUACAGUGUCAGUCACAGCUUUCACGUUUAUCACUAUAUCUUGUGUUUUACACUGUUUAUCACAUAUCUUGUGUUUUACACUUUAUCCGAUCCAUGACAUUAAAUUUAAAGUUUUCGUUUUCAGUACAAUGAGUUUUGAAAAUAAAAAUUUCCAUUUUUUCAUUGAAUGCUAAUGUGCAAUAUCAGUUCCCAGUGUGGGACACCAGUGACGCUAAAUAAAAUGCAAAAGAGAAAUAAUAUUUAAAACAACAAUCAAUCAAGAAAAGUCACUCGCUAUUCAUUCACCACUUUAAUUGAACGGAUAUGCGGCUUUCCAUUUUGUAAAGCUUUUAGAUUUAAGAGAUUUAUUUUACUGUCAUAUUCGCACUAACCAAAAAUUAAAAAACAAAUCAAAAAUCGUUUUAGAAAUUUUUUUUUUAAGAAUUUUAUUUAUAUUGAACCAUACCAUGGUUUCAAGUAGUUGGUCUAUUUACAUUGUUGAUUUGAGAAAAGGAAAAGUAUUUUUGUGAAUUUUUUUUGUUGAGAAUUUUAUUUAUUUAUUUUUGUUUAUUUUUAGAUUUUUUUUUUUAUAAAAACUUUUGUUGCCAUAACUAACCAAACCACUAAUUUAUUAAUAUCCGGAAAAUAAAGA